AGUUGAACUGUUUAAAGCACACGCAGAGAGAGAAAGAGUGAGUGAGAGAGAGAGUGAGAGAGAGAUACAUCUCCAUGAUCACCACUUCCUCACACUGUUUAAGCUUCUCCUCCAACAAAAUCUACAAUCCAAACUUCGCCACAUUGCAUCGCCACAGCAAGCAUAACUGCGUCAGCGUAGCCGCUUUCUCUUCAUUUGCAAGUGCAGAGACGCCAAAAUGGGACUGUAGGACCGCCUCUCAAUCUUCCAAUGGGAGCCCUAGCAAUCUCGCAACCGCGAAGAAAAUCAAGGAGGAGGAAGAGGAAGAGGAAGAAGGAGAAGGAGCUGAGGUAGAUCGAGAAACCGAGGUGGUUCUAGGAGAGCGGAAGGUUAAGUGUGAAGUGGAAGUGCUGUCGUGGAGGGAACGCAGAAUCAGAGGUGAGAUUCCAGUUAAUGCUGAUGUUGAAUCGGUUUGGUCUGCUCUCACUGACUACGAAAGGCUCGCUGAUUUCAUCCCCAAUCUCGUUAAAAGUGGGAGGAUUCCUUGUCCAUAUCCGGGGAGGAUAUGGUUGGAGCAGAGAGGGUUGCAGAGGGCUCUGUAUUGGCAUAUAGAAGCUCGGGUCGUGUUGGAUCUUCGAGAACUUGUCAUCUCUGAGAAUAACCGUGAGCUGCACUUCUCUAUGGUUGAUGGAGAUUUCAAGAAAUUCGAAGGCAAAUGGUCAGUGAAGUCUCAGAAAGGGUCGCAAACAGCCACCUUGGGUUAUGAAGUGAAUGUUAUACCUAGGUUCAACUUCCCAGCAAUAUUUCUGGAGAGGAUUAUCAGAUCAGAUCUUCCUGUAAAUCUCCUAGCUUUAGCAUGCCGAUCUGAAAGCAGCUUCGAAGGAAACCAGAGUGUAGUCUCUUUGGACAAGCUACCUUCACAAGCACUUCACCUUGGAGGUGAGGAGACUGAAGUUGCAACUGCAUUGAACAACAAAGAUGAAGAUGUCAAGGAAAACUUUGUCAAAGCUGCUUUUGGUUCUCUGUCUCCUUCGACUGGAGAGUUGACCAGUAAUUGGGGAAUAUUUGGCAAAUCUUGUCCGCUUGACAGGCCAUGCUUGGUAGAUGAAGUUCAUCUCCGUAGAUUUGAUGGAUUAUUGGAAAAUGGGGGUGUUCACAGAUGUGUUGUUGCCAGCAUAACAGUAAAAGCUCCUGUUCGUGAAGUCUGGAAUAUUCUCACAGCUUAUGAAAGACUUCCCGAGUUUGUUCCUAAUUUAGCUAUAAGCAAGAUCUUAUCUCGAGAAAGCAAUAAAGUCCGCAUUUGUCAGGAAGGAUGCAAGGGUCUGUUGUAUAUGGUUCUCCAUGCUCGUGUCAUCCUUGAUUUAUGUGAGCAUUUUGAACAAGAGAUCAGAUUUGAGCAGGUCGAAGGAGACUUUGAUUCAUUUCGAGGGAAAUGGAUCCUAGAGAAACUAGGCAGCCAUCACACGCUGUUGAAGUAUUCAGUGGAGUCGAAAAUGCAUAAGAACUCCUUUCUUUCCGAAGCUAUCAUGGAAGAGGUCAUUUACGAGGAUCUUCCUUCAAACUUAUGUGCUAUUCGAGAUUACAUGGAAAAGAGAGAAAAUGAAAAUAAUCAGGAGGCCGUUAGUAAUGACAGCUGUGACGAGGGAGAGAAAGCUAGCUCCUUCAAGAGCAGUCCAGAGGCCAAAGACUAUGAUAGUGUCUCAAGCUCAAACAGACAAAGGCCAAAGGUCCCUGGCCUGCAGAGAAACAUCGAGGUUCUAAAAUCCGAGCUCUUAAACUUCAUUUCUGAGCAUGGACAGGAAGGAUUCAUGCCUAUGAGAAAGCAGCUAAGGAAGCAUGGGCGAGUGGAUAUUGAGAAGGCCAUUACACGCAUGGGUGGAUUUAGGCGAAUCGCAUCAUUGAUGGAUCUGUCCCUUGCAUACAAACAACGCAAGCCUAAGGGUUAUUGGGAUAAUCUUGAAAACUUGCAAGAUGAGAUUAAACGAUUCCAAAGGAAUUGGGGUAUGGAUCCAUCUUACAUGCCCAGCAGAAAAUCCUUCGAACGUGCAGGGCGCUACGACAUAGCUCGUGCUCUGGAGAAAUGGGGAGGGCUGCACGAAGUGUCCCGUCUCCUGUCACUCAAGGUGAGGCACCCAAGAGAGAGGAAAGCCGAGUCUUUGGUGUGCAACGAUGUAAAUGGACAGGAGAAGAUACCUACGAAAGCCUUCGUUUCGCAAGAUGCACAUGAGUGGCUACACAAAUUCAAGGACUUUGACAUAAACUGGGUAGAAUGAUCUGAAAUUUACACCACUAACCUAACCUCUACAAAAUAGUAGUAGUAGUUAUUUGUAGAUAUCACUUCUCUACUUAGUCAUCUUGGGACUGGACAGAUCCUUCCACUAUGGUAACUACUAGUACUAUAAAUAUAGAGAUAACUAUAAAUAAAAAAUAAAAAAAAAAUUGGCUUGUGUCAAAGUAUAUCCUAGCUUCCUCUAUGGUUCAAGCCGCGGUUUUCACUCAGAGCUAGCUAGGCCUCAGAAGAUGGUGCUCGGGUGGUGUCAUCGAUGGUGGCUGUAUGAAGGAGAUGAGGGUGUGUGGCUAAUGGCAAUAUUUUUCGAAUCCCACCUCGAGGAAGAGCUUGAGGCUCGGCUCAGCCCAGGCCCACGAGGAAUUUCAAAUAUAUCAUAAUGAGGUUAUUUUCUAAAAAAUUGGAUUGUAAGGAAUUUUUUUGAAAAUGAUAAAGUAAUACUCUCUCCGUCCGC